AUGGCGAAGGAGUCGCUGCCCCUACGGCUACGGGCAUAUACGACCACCGAUGCGAGUGCUAUACCAGAAUUGAAUGGAAUACAAGACGUACCUCGUCCGGAAUCCGCGCGUGAGAAUUCUCCACAAAGCCGACAGGACAAACAACAGAGCACAAAAGGACUAAAGCGAAAAAUUGCAAAGGCGGCGCUGCCUCAGUCACAAAAUGUGAAUUUGCCUGCUCAUUUUACUGCAUCCACACCGUCUCUUUCUCGAGAAUCCCCAUCCUGGCUUGCGUCUGUGAGCGAUUCCUGGGAUGGCAACAAUAUUGGAAUCGCACUUGGGAGCCCGUCUAUGAGACCACCGGACCGUUCAUGGCUGGCGUUAAGCCCGCCUACUUUUCCGGGUGAGAAGCAUAUUAAGGAUGACGACCAUCUAAAGAGGAAGCCUAGUAAGUGGAAGAAGUUUGGAGGGCUAUUCAAGUCUAAAAGCCCUGAGGCCAUGCCGCGGAUGCCCUUCUAUGAAGUGCGAGUGAACGAUCAACAGCUGCAGGCAGUAAAUAGCUCAGAAUACGUUCCAGAUAUGAAAUUACUUCGGAAAAAGCCCGUGAUUCAUGAUGUCCAUGCUUGGCCUGCCAGGUCGCAAUCACUUCCGCGCCCGGAAGACCUACCUUCAGCCACAAUUAGUAAAGAAAAGGAGCAUCUGGAUUCCGAGAAGCCCGCUAGCGUACACGAAGCGUCUGAAGGCCAGAGACAUUGGGGCAGUUGGUCUGAGGAGCCUGGAGUAAUCCAACAGACUCCAUCAGGUUCCAAUAACCCGCACACUCCCCUCCUUAAUGUCGAUAUUCCGGAUGUCGAGUUAGAGAGAUAUAGCGUCAUGUUUGGCGCCUUCUACGACCGACCGCCACGAUCUAAUCUACUUGCUCGACGAAGUAAGAACCUGGACAGGAUAAAACCCCCCAGUGCCUUGGCAGGCAAAAUGACUUGCUUUACACUCUUCCCAUCAACACCAACAAAUAAAGCUGCCCGCCUUUUAGGAUCACAUUGCCUUCCCCGUGGCCCUACCCCCCUUCAAAAAUCAUUCACCAUGCCCGCUUCUCCGGGCGCGGUCCACUUCGAAAGGAAUCCUGGGACCAGACUAGGGCACAGUCCCGUUGGAACCUCGGAAUCGUCUCUGAGCGGCUGGGGAUCUGUUUCCCUUCAGUCCACAGCACCCUCUGAACUUUGUGAUGAUGACAUCGAAUCUUCAGACGAGGAACAUGAAACUAUUCGGCUGCGUAUUAAACCGCCUGAACAGGAAGAGCCUAUGUGGGAAAUGGUAACGCCAGGUCGAAAGACAUUUCCUCCGUCGCCUCGUUUCAAACAACGCCAGUCACCAGUCGACCACCGACCCAAAAUUCCCCAAAUACCAAAAAUUCCCACGACUCCAAAACCAGCGAAAUCAACAUUUCCAGCAAGAUUGCCUGCUUUCCCAUUCCAGGACUCGUUCCGUUUGCCACGAUCGCCUACUCAGACCCCACGGCCGCCCAAAGAGCCCAUACCAGAGCAGGAUAGUCUUCACAAGCCCUCAUUAUCGAUAGAUUCCACAAUCGAAGACUUUCAGACCGUUGAGAUUUCCGUGGCAAGAUCUGUUUCCGUAAGUAAACGUAAACGGGUGCUUGUGCCAAUCAUCGGAAAGUCGAGCACUGCCCUCCGAUCGCAAGAGCGGCUGGUCGCGAAAAAAAUUGCGACUCCGACUUCUGAAGUUAUGCACAGGGGACACCGUCAUGAAAGAUCACGGGUUGCUCUUUUCGAGGAGGCUUAG